GUGCAGACAGACAGUCUGGAUCAGACGGAGGACACACGGACACACAGACAGCCGGUCUCACCGUCACAGGCAGCGCAGCACAGCCGAGCGGAGAGAGCCGAGUCCCGAUUCAGUGACCAUGUCGGUCGGCCCGGCCCCCAGCAGCGCAGACGCCUGCCUCAGCAUCGUCCACAGCCUCAUGUGCCACCGGCAGGGCGCCGAGAACGAGGGCUUCGCCAAGCGCGCCAUCGAGAGUCUCGUGAAGAAGCUGAAGGAGAAGAAGGACGAGCUGGACUCGCUCAUCACCGCCGUCACCACCAACGGCGUCCAUCCCAGCAAGUGUGUCACCAUCCAGAGGACGCUGGACGGACGGCUGCAGGUGGCGGGGAGGAAAGGUUUCCCUCACGUGAUCUACGCCCGUCUGUGGCGUUGGCCCGACCUCCACAAGAACGAGCUGAAACAUGUGAAGUUCUGUCAGUACGCCUUCGACCUGAAGUACGACAGCGUGUGUGUGAAUCCGUACCACUACGAGAGGGUGGCGUCCCCCGCCACCACAGGUCCUCAGUCUCUGAUAAAGGAGGAGUUCAUGCAGGACUGUCUGCAGAUCGACCUGCCCCCCCACUCUGACCCCUACAGCCAGCCCCGCCCCGUCAGCAUGUAUCCCAGCAUGCCUCUCUCCCCUCCAGGCAGCAGCUCCAUGACGCCUGCGGCUCUGUCAGCGGGCGGCUGCGGGAGAAGCGGGGGAGGUGUGGGGGGCGUCUGCAACGACGGCCCCGGGCUCCUUCAGAUUGCCCUGCCUCAGAACCACGGGGGCCACGCCUCCCCACCGCACCCCAACCCCCCUCCUAUCCCCCACCCUCCCCCUCCUCUCUUCUCGCGCCACCCCCACCUCCCACACCAGCCCGACUACAGCAGCCCCCCCAAAAACGCCACCUGGCCAGGUAAUAACCCCGCCCCCUACAGCCCAGCAGGACCGCCGCAGAGUGGGCGGAGCCACCAGCAGCCGCCAUUACAUCAUCACCACGCCCCCAACACUCACUUCUGGUCACAGCAUCACAGUACUGCUCCGUAUCCACAGCCAGUGUCCAACCACCCAGGUCCAGAGUUCUGGUGCUCCAUCUCGUACUUCGAGUUGGACGUCCAGGUCGGGGAGAUGUUUAAGGUCCAGUCCAGCUGUCCUCUGGUAACCGUGGACGGUUACGUGGAUCCUUCAGGAGGAGACCGUUUCUGUUUGGGACAGCUGAGUAAUGUCCACCGCACCGCCGCCAGUCACCGCGCCAGUGUGCCCGGUGUGAACGGUGUGCCCGGUGUGCCCGGUGUGAACGGUGUGCCCAGUGUGCCCGGUGUGAAUGGUGUGAACGGUGUGCCCGGUGUGAACGGUGUGACCGGUGUGAACGGUGUGCCCGGUGUGAACGGUGUGAACGGUGUGCCCGGUGUGCCCGGUGUGAACGGUGUGACCGGUGUGAACGGUGUGCCCGGUGUGAACGGUGUGAACGGUGUGAUCGCUGUGAACGGUGUGAUUGGUGUGCCCGGUGUGAACGUUGUGAUCGGUGUGAACGGUGUGAACGGUGUGCCCGGUGUGAACGGUGUGAUUGGUGUGACCGGUGUGAACGGUGUGCCCGGUGUGAACGGUGUGAACGGUGUGCCCAGUGUGCCCGGUGUGAAUGGUGUGCUCGGUGUGCCCGGUGUGAUCGGUGUGAUCGGUGUGAACGGUGUGAACGGUGUGCCCGGUGUGAUCGGUGUGACCGCCGGCAGAACUGGUGGCAGCAGGUGUGACGCCGCACGCCCCACAACGGGCGGGGGGGGCGCGCAGGAGGGUGGGGGGGAGGGGGACAUCUGGAUGCGUUGCCUUAGCGACCACUCGGUGUUCGUCCAGAGCUUAUACCUGGAUCGUGAGGCGGGACGAGCGCCAGGAGACGGAGUCCACAAGAUCUACCCCGGAGCUUACAUCAAG